UUCGGAACUAUUCGAGUGGAGUGUGCGUGUGUUGUUGUUGUCGCGUAAUUAGCAUGCGUUUUUGUUACUAUUACUGUUACUGUUGCAUGUAAUUAACGCUUGUAAUACGAAUCACAGGCGCAUUUAACACUCUCUGCAUAUUGAUUUCUGGUCAUAAAGCACAGACCAAGUGGCCACAGUGUGUUUCAAAGAAAGUAAUAGAAAUUAAUAACAAAGUGCUUUAGUUAGGCUAAAAUGUCGAGCAAUUUGGAUGUUGAGCAGCAGGCUGUGGCGGCAAGCUCCGAUGCCAAGGCGGAGCCCGCUGUGGUGGAAGUAAAGACCACGAUCAUGACUGUGGCGCCAACCUUAGCGGCUGCAGCUACAAAUGGCGAAAAUAAUGGCACGGCGACAGAGCCUAAGCAAUCCACUACCAAAACUCCAGCUGCAACAACAACAACAACAGCCAUUGCAGAACAAGUGCAGACAACCAAUGCAAGUGCGGCCACUAAUAAAGACAAAACCAAUAUGGAUCCAUCACUGAUUAACUUUAAGGUGCUUUAUGUGGUGACGCAGCUGUGCGGCCUCACCAUGAUCGUGCUGGUGGGCACAUGGAUUGGAGAGCAUUUCGGUGGCUUAGCUGGCACAGAUAAUCCAAAACAGGAGUUCAACUGGCAUCCGCUGUUUAUGACCAUUGGCUUCAUCUUCCUCUAUGGCAACUCCAUACUCAUCUAUCGUGGUUUUCGCACAACCAACAAGAAGACAUUGAAGCUCACCCACGCCAGCAUUCACAUGGCUGCCUUCAUUUUGACAGUCAUUGCGCUGAAGACGGUCUUCGAUUCGCAUAACUUGGCCAAUCCCCCGAUACCGAAUAUGUAUUCGCUGCACUCGUGGCUGGGCUUGUCCGCUGUGCUGAUCUUCUGUUUGCAGUAUGUGGCCGGGUUUAUGGCCUUUUUGGUGCCGGGCAUGAAGGAGAACUACAAGAUUGCGUUAAUGCCACUCCACAUUUACUUUGGAUUGUUUGGCUUCGUCUUGGCUAUUGCUAGUGCUUUAAUGGGUCUCACCGAGAAGGCCGUCUUUGCCAUUCCAAAUUAUUCCGAGUUGCCCUCUUCCGGCGUGCUGACCAACAUCAUCGGAGUACUUUACGUUAUCUUUGGCUGCUUGGUUGUCUACCUGGCCACGGAGCCAUCGUACAAACGCAAACCCUUGCCCGAGGAUACUGCCCUGCUGUCCACGAGCAACCAGUAGGCGGCUCUGAGUGGAAAAUGAAGCAACGGCAUUUCAGCAAGAGAGCGAAAAAGAUAGGAGAGAUAGAGAGAGAGAGAGAGAGAGAGAGAGUAAGAGAGUCCCCUCAACCAGGCUCGAGCAGCUGUUAAUAUUUGAAAUUUUAGUUCAAAACUGUGCACAAAAACCCGAGUGGUGCUUUUUUCUCAAAAUGUUUUCUAUGACAAAAUGUUUAACUUAUGCUAUUUGUAUUGUUGACAUGCAUGUUUUACUUGUAUUGCUUUAAAUAUUACAUAUAUUUAUAAUACGUAACAGCAAUUAUUAUAUACAUAAACCAAAUAUCUGGCCGCGUUUAGGAAUGUGUGCAGCAUAUAUGUACGUAUGUGUUAUAUAAACUAUCUAAUAAAAACCAUCUAAAUGAUGUUAAACCAUAA